AGAAUAGGAGAAUAUUAGAGUUUGAUUCAGACAACGGGACGAUUUCCAGUAAUGUGCCAAGAGACAAGAGUGCAACAUUUGCCAUUUAAACGGCCCUCCCUUUUGAAUAAUCUUUCAUGGGACGUGAUUAAAGCCCCGGCUGCUCUGACGUAAGCGAGAUUUUCCGCGUUAGGUGAGUAUCGCGCAGCCAGCUCUGCUUCACUCCACGGCCUCAUCACCACCACCACCAGCACCGCCCUGUAGAGAGAGAGAGAGAGAGAUAGAGAGAGACAGCCCCCCUCCCUCUCCCCACCUAACAACAACCCCAACCCCGCAGGCUCGAGCACAACGACCCCACCCCCCCAAAUCCCUGCGAGAGAGGAGAAGGAGCGAGAGAGGCGCACACGGAGUCACGGAGAAAAGAUCGUUUCGGGAUCAAUCCGGGCCUAAUGCUGUAGCGGACAGCGCGCGAGGAGAGCUCGAGCGAGGGACAGCGCACUGAUUGCGAGUCGGUGAGGGACAGGGCGGACGGGAGAGACGACGGGAUCGCUCAUUCGCCUGGAAACAUGGGAUGUACACUGAGCGCCGAGGAGCGCGCCGCUCUGGACCGGAGCAAGGCCAUCGAGAAGAACCUGAAAGAGGACGGGGUGGUCGCCGCCAAGGACGUCAAGCUGCUCCUGCUCGGCGGCGGGGAGUCCGGUAAAAGCACCAUCGUCAAACAGAUGAAGAUUAUUCAUGAAGAUGGCUUUUCUGGGGAUGAUGUGAAGCAGUACAAGCCUGUGGUCUACAGCAACACCAUCCAGAGCUUGGCGGCCAUCCUUCGAGCCAUGGACUCACUGGGCAUCGAGUUUGGAGACAAGGAUAGAAAAGCCGAUGCUAAGCUGGUGUGCGAUGUGGUCAGUCGUAUGGAGGACACAGAGCCGUACUCCGCAGAGCUUCUCACUGCUAUGAAGCGCGUAUGGACCGAUGCUGGGACUCAGGAGUGCUUCAGCCGCGCCCGUGAAUACCAACUCAACGACUCUGCCCAAUACUACCUGGACAGUCUAGACCGGAUCGGGGCGCCAGACUACCAGCCCACGGAGCAGGAUAUCCUGAGAACCCGAGUGAAGACCACUGGUAUCGUCGAAACCCACUUCACCUUCAAAAACCUCCAUUUCAGGCUGUUUGACGUUGGGGGUCAGAGGUCAGAGAGGAAGAAGUGGAUCCACUGCUUUGAAGAUGUGACUGCCAUUAUUUUCUGCGUUGCUAUGAGCGGGUACGACCAGGUGCUCCAUGAAGAUGAAACAACUAACCGCAUGCAUGAGUCACUCAUGCUCUUUGACUCCAUCUGUAACAACAAGUUCUUCAUCGACACCUCAAUCAUCCUCUUCCUCAACAAGAAGGAUCUGUUUGCUGAAAAGAUCAAGAAGUCACCGCUGACGAUCUGUUUUCCAGAAUACACAGGUGCUAAUACUUACGACGAUGCUACUGCAUAUAUUCAGGUUCAGUUUGAAAGUAAGAACCGCUCUCCCAAUAAGGAGAUCUACUGUCACCUGACCUGUGCCACAGACACAGGAAACAUCCAGGUAGUGUUUGAUGCCGUCACCGACAUCAUUAUUGCAAACAACCUUAGAGGGUGUGGCUUAUACUGAGGCCUGGCCAAGCACAGAGGUUGUUAUGGAGAGUAUGAGGUGUUAAUAAUGAUAAUUUUGAUGAUACUUAAACACAUUAAUAUGUAAUACUACACGUCCAAAAGGACCCAAAGAGCUGCCGUCUUGACACCACACUGGAUUAUUGCCAUGAUUUGUUCCCUUCCCCCCAUUUGGAUUUCAGUAUACAACCCCAGUUUUGUCCUAUAAAAAAAAAAGAAGUGAUUUUGAGCUGAAUGUUUCAUGUUUUGUUGAUGACUGUGUCAACAACUGGAGAGGCCAGAAGAGGCAGCACCAAGGUUGAAUUCAGCUGAACCCUCGUUUUGCAAAACUCAAUAAUGGAGAGCAGAGGAGAGUGCAAUGUCAAUUUUUAACCACGGCGUGGACUACUGUCCCAUUCUUUGUGUGAUGUUUUAAUGUGCACGUCUCAAGGCAUUCAUAUCUAUACUGAAAAUAGCCUGCUGUGCUGCGUUUGAAGAGCCGCUGUGUGUGAAGGUGGAGAUGAUGAGGAUAUCGGGGAGGUGCUGCGCUCGUGGCUGAGGGUCAUGGUCGGGAAGGAGGCUAUUUAAACAUUCAGAAGGGACAAAGCUUCCCUCUCCUUCAGACCCACACAUGACCGGGUAGCCUGCAGGUCUUUUUUUCUUUUACUUUAAAACAUAAUGACAGGAUUCUUCUGUUCAGCGUGGCUGCCCAUUUCCAUUGGCGUCUUGUAGCGUGAGGAAAUGCCUAGCUGCUAAUGAUAGCUAAAAAAAAUAAAAUAAAAGUCAUAUUGGUGCCAAUCUGAGGGCAGAUUAGGAAAAUAAAUCAUAAUUCAUGUUCAUACUAUAAAGUAAUAUUAUUUAAAUAUCAGAUUAUCAUCGAAUGGUUUUUUUAUUUAAGCCUCAUGCCUCCUUCUACCUCCUGAAAUCCCGUGCCACAUAUUUAUUUCCUGACAUGAAAACCUGGGUACACAGACACCGGUCUACGGCUCAGAGGGUAGGAAGCAGCCCUCCAAUGACAUCUUGUUCUCCGUGUGGUGCUUUACCCUUCGAUGUGAAUCUGUGUAGAAGUAGAAGACUGCACGAGAACAAUAUCAUUUGAGGCACCCUCUGGGGAGUUUUGGGAUUUCCCCAACCCUCUUCUUCCCUUAUCAGUAAACAGGGAACCAUCAACCCCCCCCCCCCCAUUUCUCUUUUCACAGAGAAAAAGUACAGCUCUCCAUUUUCACCAGUGCACCCAGAAAUUCUCCUUUCUCUCUAUACUCUUAUCUAUCACAUAUCAGUCCCUAUAUCCUAUCUCCAUUUUCACCUUAAAAGCACCGUACUGUAUAUAUAUUAUGAUUAUACCAGAUUUUUUUUUUUACUGUGAAUGUUUUUGUGCUGCACCCCAUCCUAUUUGGUAGUUUAUUGGUUGCUCUCAUGUGGAAUGUUUGUGCUGAGCCAAUCGAAUGUUGUGUUUACAUUAAAAACCACACUUUUCCUAACUAUU